CCUGUGCACGCAGGUGUGCGAUCGUCGUGCUAUAGCAAGCAUAAGAUGAUCGCGUCGCCUAUGACUCCGGUACACAGAUAUCACGUGUAUAUAGUACGCUGCUACUAUUAAAUGGCGAAGCACAGUGAUCAGACUAUCCGCGAAGUCAGACAGUGAUCGAGUCGUGGCACCGUCCGGCACGCUGCUCGCUAACUCGACUGAACGCAAUUGUAAAAAAUGCGGGAAUGCAUAUCAAUCCACAUCGGGCAGGCGGGCGUGCAAAUGGGAAACGCCUGCUGGGAGCUCUACUGUCUGGAGCACGGCAUCCAUCCUGACGGGCAAAUGCCGAGCGACAGCAGCGUGGGCUACGGAGAUGAUUCCUUUAACGCCUUCUUCUCCGAGACCGGCUCGGGCAAGCACGUCCCGCGCGCGGUCCUGGUCGAUUUGGAGCCGACGGUGGUAGACGAAGUUCGCGUAGGCACUUACAAACAACUGUUCCACCCGGAGCAAAUGAUCACCGGGAAAGAAGAUGCGGCCAAUAAUUACGCCAGGGGCCAUUACACAAUAGGGAAAGAGAUCAUAGACCUCACCUUGGACAGAAUACGCAGGCUGACGGAGCAAUGCAAGGGUUUGCAAGGCUUCCUGAUCUUCCAUUCGUUCGGUGGUGGCACAGGAUCCGGAUUCUCAAGUCUGCUCAUGGAACAAUUGUCUGCAGACUAUCCUAAGAGGAGCAAACUGACUUUUAGCAUUUAUCCUGCACCCCAGGUAUCAACUGCAGUAGUGGAGCCCUACAAUGCGAUUUUGUACACUCACCCGACGCUAGAACACAGCGAGGUGGCUUUCAUCGUAGAUAACCAGGCCAUUUACGAGUUGUGUAGAAGGAACUUGAACAUCGAUCGGCCGACCUACACGAAUCUAAAUCGGUUGAUUGGACAAAUGGUUUCAUCCAUCACCGCCAGUUUACGAUUCGAUGGAGCUUUGAAUGUCGACCUCACCGAAUUCCAGACGAAUCUCGUGCCUUAUCCACGUAUUCAUUUCCCACUCGCAACAUAUGCACCUGUCCUGUCGGCGGAGAAGGCCGGCCACGAGAGGGUGACAGUCUCAGAGAUAACAAGCUCUUGUUUCGAGCCGAAUCAUCAGAUGGUGAAUUGCGAUCCGCGCAUGGGGAAAUAUAUGGCGGUGUGUCUGUUGUACAGGGGCGACGUGGUGCCGAAGGAUGUGAACGCGGCGAUCGCGAUGAUAAAACGACAGAAGCACGUGCAGUUUGUCGAAUGGUGUCCGACGGGAUUCAAAGUGGGAAUAAACUAUCAACCACCGACUGUGGUACCUGGUGGCGAUCUCGCGCGAGUGGAAAGAGCAGUUUGCUGCCUUUGCAACACAACGGCGAUCGUCGACGCAUGGGCCCGACUCGAUCAUAAAUUCGAUCUCAUGUACGCAAAACGAGCUUUUGUACACUGGUUUGUCGGGGAAGGUAUGGAAGAAGGUGAAUUCUCGGAAGCGAGGGAAGAUUUAGCUGCCUUGGAGCUUGACUACCGUGAAGUGCAAGAAGAUGCUGUCAACACUGAAGAAGAGGAGGAAUAUUGAAUCUGCUGUUGUCAUGUCAAUUCGAUAUUCAUGUAUGUCUAUGUCGUAAUAUGUUCUGAGAAAUGCGAACUCCUUAGCUUACUUUACCUGUAAUUGUCAUAUAUAUACUCGUAUACAUAUACAGACGAUUGUAUCCAUAUAAAUAAAUCAUUUAUACAUUC